AUGACUUGUGAGGUUUGUUCAGAGUAUUACACUGAGCCCCUCAUGCUUCCCUGUCUUCACUCAUUCUGUAAGAAGUGUCUAAUAAAAGCUAAAGAGAAGCAAGGUAGUGCUGAUACCUCAUUAAAGUGUCCAACGUGUGACACUAGUGUUAAUUUACCUGAUGAGGCUUCGAUCAAAAAGAAGAUCGUUAGCAAGGAAGUGAUACUGUGUGAUAAAUGUAGCGUUGAUGAUUUCAGUGAUGCAGCUGUUGUGUAUUGCUGUGAUUGUGGCCAGUUUCUGUGUGAUCUUUGCAAGAAAGUUCAUAAACGAAGCAAGAAAAAAGCCAAUCAUGAGUUAAUCAGUCUAGAAACAAAGGAAUCCCGUAUUGAACUGUCUGCUAUUAAUUACGGAGCUGUUUACUGUGCACGACAUCCAGAAAAGCUGAUAUACUACUGCAACGACUGCAAUAAAUUAGUUUGUCAGAUUUGUCUUAACAUUCACCAUAAAAGUCACAAUUACAAUUAUUACCUAGAUGAGGGUGAUGCAGCAUGUGAAGCAUUAAAGCAAAGUGUUGCUAGCUGCAAUGGGGUUAUUCCUCCAGUCACUGAAGCUAUUGCUAAUGGAGAGAAGAUGCUAGAGCAGAUAGCAACACGUAAAGAAGAAGUAAGGCAGGAAAUCAAGGAAACGUUUGAAGAGCUUAAAGCUGUUUUAGAUAAGAGAUGUAAUGAUCUACUAAUGGAGACAGAAGAGAUUGCUAGUGCUAAGAGGAAUUAUGUCAAGAAGCAGCUGGAUAGGUUUCAUAAACUGGUAAAACAGGUUUCUCAUGGUCGUUAUCUUGCAUCAUCAGUGAGUGAGCGUACUGAUCCAGGUGAAGUUCUCAGUGUUAAGAAGCUAAUCACCAAUCAACUAGAGGAAUGCAUUGAAGAGUAUAAGAAACUACCUCUAGAAUUAGAAGAAAAGGGAGCCAUUUUAACACAUCUAGAUACAUCUUCUUUAAGUAAAGAAAUCAAUGAGUUUGGAAAUGUCUCUGAGGUAGAUAUAGCUGCAUACUCCAUUGAUAGUGGGUUAGCUAUUCCACUGGCAACAGUAAAGAAAGAAAGGAAAUUUAAAGUAUCUCUACCAGCAGGCAUUGAUAAAGCAGCAAACUAUUUGAAGGCUUCUUUUAUCAAAAGUGAUGGGAGUAAAGAGGAGGGUAGAGUUGUUAUAGUUAAUGAUAACAACACAGCCAUUGUAUCAUGCACACCUCAAAGUAUUGGUGGAUAUGAACUAUCAGUGACUAUAAGAGGUCACCAUAUUAAAUGUAGUCCUUAUCAACUGUCAGUAAAAGCAUCAAGAGACUAUACCACACUAACUAACCAGAGAUCCUUUAAUGUGGGAAAAACUACUACUGGUGUUGCUGUUCAUACUAAUGGUGAAGUAUUUGCUAGUAGUAAUGGUGGGUUUGUUCAGGUAUUUAGUGAGGAUGGUACUGCAGUAAGAAAGAUUGGAUCUAAAGGUGAUGUUAAUGGACAGUUUGAUUGGCCUUGGGGUUUAUUGCUGGUAGGAGAUAGGCUCUAUGUGUCUGAUAAUUAUCUUCAUCGUGUGCAGUAUUUCUCAGCUACUACUGGUCAGUACAUUGGUCAGUUUGGUAGUAAAGGUAAUGGAAAUGGACAAUUCUAUCAUCCUCGUGGUAUGUCUACUGAUGGUAAAGGUAAUAUAUUAAUAGCUGAUUUUAACAACAAAAGAGUACAAGUGUUUAAAGAAGAUGGUACAUUUGUACAAGUCAUACAAUGUGAUGAUGGUGCCACUGAUGUAGCAGUUGAUAAUGAAGGAAAGAUUCACGUUAUUAUUCGUGAUCAAAAUCAUGUUCAAGUCUUCUCUCCUGAUGGUAAAACUCAUCUUGAUACAUACAAUAAUCCAGCUGGUAACUUUACUUAUUCUCGUGGUAUUGCUAUUGAUGAUGAAGGAUAUAUCAUUGUAUCGGUUCAUAAUAGUGGUAACUCUUAUCUUCAUGUAUUGAGUCCCGAGAGGAAACAAGUCAAAUUAGUCUCAGGAUUAUCUGAUCCAGUGGACUUAGCACUAGAUAAGGAUGGAAAUAUUUAUGUUGCUGAAUAUGGCAACAAAUGUAUAGCAAAGUAUUGAAGCAGUCACUCAAUAAAACUACAAUAAACGUACUACAUUUUAUGAAUUUUCAUCGCUCUAUCUUUUCCCUUUCUCUCUUUCACACACACACACACACACUUCAGUACACUCUUUCUCUCUCUCCUAAUUUUGUAACUUUAUAUCACAUUAGUCACUGCUGGUUAUUGUUGGUAUAUUAAUAGAUUGUUAAAAUUUAAACUAGUUGUUUCUAAAUAAUCGCAUAAAUCUAUGCAACUGCUAAUGGCUGACGUCUUGACACAAUAUUAACCAGUGUUGCUGGUACUCCUCCCAUAUCAACCUAUUCAA